CAACACCAAACGUAAGUAAUGGGCUUCUUCCUGAGAUUGAACUGAAAGAUCUGAUUUUGCUUUUGCGGGGGCUGUUAUGCUGGACGUACGCAAAUGAAAGAAACUGUGAACGUUAAAUAUAUAAUAAUGAAAAUUAUGUUUUAUAUUUCUUCAUGAUUGUAUGCCAAUUCUGUUACUACGCUAUCAAAUUAUUUGUUUAGUUAAUUAUGCCUUGGUUGUUUUCGACCCAAAACAUCUGUAAUAAUUUGUUUAUCGAAAGGAAACUAUUCUGGUCAACUUUUGUGAUCGUAACGUUAUGUAAUUAAAGUAAAAGUUUUAGUUUGAGCAUUUGACUCAUCAACAUGAAGAAAUUGUUUUCGAGAUUUGAUGCCCGUGGGGACCAGUCAAGCAAGGAACCCAACACCUUUAUUGGGAAAGUGUUUACAGUUGGGAGAUUUUGUGUAACAGUUGAAGAUAUCAUAGCUGAAGGUGGCUUUGCAAUUGUGUUCCUUGUGAAAGCUACUAAUAAUGUGAGGUAUGCUUUGAAAAGAAUGUUCGUGAAUAAUGAUCAUGACCUCAAUGUUUGCAAGAGAGAAAUAACUAUUGCUAGUAGUUUAAAAGGUCAUAAGAACAUCAUAGGGUUUCUAGAUUCCAGUAUUAAUCCUGCAGGCGGUGGUGUUUAUGAAGUUCUUAUGCUUAUGCAUUACUAUAGAGGUCAUGUGUUGCAACUUAUGAAUGAGAGAUUACAGUCUGGAUUUUCUGAAGCAGAAGUUCUCCAAAUAUUCUGUGAUGUGUGUGAAGCUGUGUCACGUCUACAUCACUGUCAAACGCCUAUCAUUCAUAGAGAUCUUAAAGUUGAAAAUAUACUUCUUAGUGAUAGUGGCAAUUAUGUUUUAUGUGAUUUUGGAAGUGCUACUGCUAAAGUUAUAAAUCCACAGACAUAUGGUGUAACUCAAGCAGAAGAAGAAAUCAAAAAGUAUACAACUCUGUCAUAUAGAGCACCAGAAAUGAUAGAUUUAUAUUGUGGUAAACCUAUCACAACAAAAGUAGAUAUAUGGGCUCUUGGAUGUCUGUUGUAUAAGCUGUGCUUUUUUACUUUGCCUUUUGGAGAAAGUGCUUUAGCAAUUCAGGGUGGCAGUUUUAGCAUUCCAGAUAAUUCCCGUUAUUCUAAACAUAUUCAUUCCUUAAUCAGGUAUAUGUUAGAAAUAGAACCUGAUAAAAGACCAGAUAUAUUUCAAGUUUCCUAUGUAGCUUUCAAAUUAGCUGGUAAAGAAUGUCCUGUACCAAAUUUAAAAAAUUCACCCAUUCCAGAAAUAGAUAAAUUACCAUCUCCUCAAACUGAAACUGAGGCAAAAAAAGCAAUUGCCAAACAACAAAGGCCAGCAUCUACUCCCGUGGUGGAAGGCACCUCAGUUGCUCCCCGCCAGAGACCAAAGGGUUCACAAGCUCCUCCCCCUGGUGUAGGUAGUCUGACUCUCCUACCCCAAGCCACUCCUAAUUCUACAAAAAGAAUAACUCCUACUACACCUCAUGAUUUGGCUAACUCUCCAGCAUUACUUCUACCCCCUUCUGCUUGUCAAUCUAACAUAUCUACUCCAGUAACUCCUCUCGGCUCAUCGUCCCAAACCUUUCUCCCUCUCAACCAAUGCCUCACUCCGACAACCCCCCAAACCACUGUGUCUGCUCCGUCUCUCAUCAGCCCCUUUACCCAAAAAACUUUCCUUGUGCCUUCACCGUCUUCUGUCUCUACUGCAGCAGCGGUGCUAUCGUCCCCGGAAUCCUCACAACUAGUCACUCAACGUAAAUCCUCCACUACAGAUGUAGAAGCAACUGUAGCUGUAGCACCCCCUCCCCAGUCAGCGGCCGAGGAGCCACGGAGUUACCUGGCAGCUGCAUCCAUUCCGGAGAUUUCACCCCAUAAUUUGGUGUCUGUGACUCCGCCUCCUUCUCCUACACCCAGUCAACAUAGCCACCACAGGAGAAAUGCUAGUGAUACUUCUGCUUUUGAUAAAAAUGUUGCUAAAGAGAUAACUCAGUUUUUGACUCCUUAUGAGACUUCUCAAAAUCAUGCAGUAAUGGCUAAUGAAGCACCAUCUACUGCAGCCUCUCAACAAAAGCAUUUAAGUGAUUUGUCCCAGUGGAAUCCUUUUAUCAACCCAAAUACUGCGCCAGAUCUGGCUGAAGAUCAAGCAUUUGGCCAAGAGUUUGAUAAAAUUCGUCGAGGGUCCCAAAGUAGUAUUUCUAAUGUAAAAAGUCGAGAAAGUCUAGUCAUGAGUGCAUCAGAUUUAACUGAACCUGAUCCAUUUGGUGCUGCUCCAUUCAACUUAAGUGGCCCUCCUAAGGCAAAUAAAGGAGCUUGUCCACUUCGACCCAAUCAACUGCCUUUAGCAUCUUCUGGUAUGCCUGAUCAUGAUAUAACCAGCUAUGCACCUUUAUAUUCAGAGGAUACUAACAUAGAGCUGCAAGUGAGGCAUAGACAUAGUAGUGAGAAUUCCAGCGCUUCCCAUGAAGGCAGCCAAAGUGUACACAGCAGUCGAUCAGGGAAGGACCUGUUUUCAGCUACGUUCACCAGAACACCUGCUGAAGACCGAUCGAAAUAUGAGAAGCUUUUGAAUGACGACUUUGAAAUGAAAUCUGCUUUAGAGAUGGCUGAUGUAAAUAACUCUGCAGAGAAAGUUCCUUAUGGUAAUCCUUCGGGUGUAAAUAGUACUUUAGAAUGUCCUGUUGUGCAGGAAGAUAGUGAUUCAAUUGGUUCUGCCAGUGACUUGCGAGAAAGGGUGGAUUCCAGUGGUGAAGAUGCGUCAUCAUCGUCGUCGACUGCUGCUUCGGAUGAUGAGAAAACAGAAGAUACCAAAAAGAGUGUUCCAAUUGAUCCGAGCUCAAGCACUGCUGAGUUUAGUACUGAAAAAGCUAAAAAAUCUCCAGCAAUCUUAGAAAGCAUUCCUGAUGUCUUUCUUGGGCAUACUGAAGGUGGUAGGCCACUUUUGGAUGAAGAGUCAUCUGAAGAUGAUCAGCAUGAAGCUCUUCUGACAGGAAGUAGAAAAGGUAGCAAUUCCUCCUCUCAGGUUGUUUCACCCAUGACAGCAAUCACUCCUCCUGCCUCACCUGCAGAAAAAACCCGAAGUCUUGACGUUUUUGGUGCUGCUUCUUUUAAACGUCUGGCUGGAUAUUCUAAUCUUUCCAAAGCCCCCUUACUGUCUGAAGAAAAUAAGGAUGUUGAUGUGUUUGCUCAGGCACCGUUCAAGAAUCCUUUCAGGGGCUCCAAAGAAAGCUUUAAAAAUUCCUUGAAGAAAAAGAAGGACAAGGACGCUCUGAUUGAAGGAUCAACUGGUGGCAUGCUUCGUAGCUCAGAGAGUUUUGGAAGCUCCCAGGCAGUUUUUCUUCCUGAUAUUGUACCAAGUGCCGAAGCAAUCACUGCUCGCAAAAGCUUACCAAGUGUUAAGUACACACCAAGUGAUAGAAGUUCACCUACAGUUGCAACAUCCACAUCUCCUGUCAGUUCUACUGAUCUAUUUGGGUCUGCACCUUUCUCUGAAAUAUCAGAUUUAAGCUUCCAGCCUAAUCUUGUGCCUCCAGCACCCAUAGUGUCACAGUCAGUAACACCUCAAGUCAGUAAUAUUGUUAUAACAUAUCAAAAACAAGUUGCAGCGCCAACAGUUUCAGCACCUGCAGCUCCAGCUCCUAUUCCUCCUCCAUCCUCAAGCAGCAGCAUAAUUCGUCGCAAGUCCAAUCAGGACCUUUUUGGCGCAGUUCCUUUUAACACAGUGGCACCUGCUUUAGCAAAUCCGAAAAGGCUUCCACCUGUCGCACCCAAGCCGAAGAUUGCUGCCAGAGUAGCAACUCAGAAGCCUCCUGUAGAAGCAGUCGCAAGUGCUUCAUCCAUGCCUAAACCAGUGAUUGACAAUGGUAAUAUUUCUAGAGAUUCCUCUGGUUCUUUUAGCUCCGAAUCAUGCGAAGAAGCCAAACUAACUUCUUCUGUAGACAAAUCAAAAUACAAAGAGUUGAUGGAUGAUGAAUUGCAUGAUGAAAAUGUCAAUGUGCUUUCCUCUCGCCACUACACGCAGCUAAAACCAGUGAAAAAGUCAAAACACACCAAAAAGAAAGAAGCCAAGGAGAAAGUCAGCAGUACCAAUGCUUUCUCAAAUAUGAGUUUUGAAGAUAUUGUAAGUGAUGAUGAAUCACAAUACACGCAGUCCUUUCUGCGUGACAAGACUAGCAUAAAGCGAACAUCCAAUUCCUUCAGAAUAGCUAAAAUCAAUUAAUUAUUAUUCAUAUGUUAUUAAAUUGUUAUUUGUGAAAGAAUUUUUGCAUUUUGUAGAGUAUGUAAUUCUAAAAAUAAAUUUAUUACUUUUGAUUUAUAGCUUAUAUAAAAAAAAAUGUGUAAAAGUAUUAUAUAUUACUACAAACUCUCUCGUGUUUUUUUUUUUUUUUUUUUUUUUUUUUUUUUUUUUUUUUAACCUUGUUACCAGUCAUAGGCCUACAUAUUAUGUAGACAAAACAUAUAGGCCUAGAUGUCAAAAAAUGUGAUUGUCUUGUAUAUAUUAUAUAUAUAAAUAUGAUAUAGGGGCUGUAGAUGGACGUCACAAGACUCGAAAGAAAUAAAGAAAUAUUCUUGCA